AAAAAAAAUAGGUGAACGGCACUAUGGCGGAAGGGUUAUUAUUGCAGUGUGGCGAUUGCGGAACUCUAUUGAAAUCGGCAGAAAAAGCUGAACAGCAUGCCAAAGAGAAUUGGCAUACUAAUUUUCGUGAGUCCAAUGAAGAAUUUGUGUACCUAGUUUGCAAAGUUUGCGGCAAACAUUGUGUUUGUAAAACAGAGAGUGCUAUGCAUUCGAAAAGGUCUGGGCAUACUGAGUUUUAUGACAGGACAGCAGAGGUGGCGGAAGAGGAAGAAAGAAGAAAACGAGAUAACCUUCGUCAGAUACUGAGAGUAGCUAUUGAUCAUUUGAACGAGGCUGAUACUUCACUGGCAGCAAGAAGAAGACAGCAGCUUGGUUUGCCUUCCAGACCUGUUUUAGAGGAAGGACAGAGUUCAUUGCCUCUAGCUGCAAGGGCCGAGCAGAUGGCUGAGUGCCUGCGGACUAUCCAGCAGAAUCACAUGGAUGACGCGGCCAAAGUCAUGAAAGCUCUCGACUCACUGCGUAUGUUUGUUAGGAAUAUUGCUAUGUAUCCUGAUGAGGAGAAAUACCGCAAAAUUAGAAUCAACAAUGCUGUAUUCCAGGAGAGGGUUGGCCACCUACGAGGAGGUAUCGAGUUCCUUGAGCUCUGUGGAUUCGAAAGAACUAGAGGGGGUGAACACUUGUACAUGCCGAGAGAAGAUGUGAACAUGGAUGUGCUUUAUUCAGCUGCAAAUGUGCUCAACAAUGCCAUUGGAAAUCCAUAAUAUAGAAGUUAAAUGUGGUGUUGUUGUUUAGCAAAUCAAGAAGUUGGAAAACAUAUGCUCUUAUGGAAAACAAUUAUUUUGUGUUUGAUGUUUUGUAAUCAACAUAUAAUCUUGUUUUACUCUUGAUGUGAUGUACUUCAAUUGUUGAUACAUGUAUUUGUUGGGUAUUUGUCCUGAGU